UCUGAUUGGUUACUGAAGCAGUAAACAAUAUCAGCCUGCCCGCAGGCUUCAGGAAGAAUAGAACCAUAUUGGUAAAAGACUGUAAAAGACUACUUAUUCAUGAAUUAUUCAUGUGUAUUAUGUUCUCAAGAUAUAGUUAAACACACGGAAAGAUAUUUUAUAGAAGGAAAAGGAAAAUUCGAUGUGAAAGAAGCGUUAAGAAAUCUCCCUUUCACUGUCCCGGUGAAAAGUUCUGUGAAGUAUAUUUGUAAGCAUUGUCUCGCGAAACUGAAAAAACGCAAAAGUUUGAAAGAACAGUUGUCUGAAAUCGAUAAGGCUAUUCAAAAUGCCUGCAAGAUCGACGAGACACCGUCCGAAACGAAGAGACGAAGUGAGGAUAACAAAUCUCAAGUUGCUGGCGAAGCCUCCCCGACGAAACGACAGCGUAUAUUUGUGCCCACAACAUCCACACCAGUAAAAGAAAACACGCCAAAUUCUGGGUUAAAUACUCGUCUCGAAAUUCCUGCCUCGCCCGUAGUUUUUCAGCAAAAAAAGGGAGAAGUCGAUGUGACUGUAAAGAUAAACUGGCCGUCCAAAACUGCUGAGCGAAAACUCCCCUCUGAACUUGAGUCACUUGGCAAGAUGCUGUUAAGGGGUACAUACAAACAAAUAGCUAAUGCGGCGUGGAAAAGCUCUGAUCUAAAAAGAGAACUUAAGCAACUAAUGGUGAAAGAAAUUGAAAAUGAGGUGACUAAACUUUGUUCAAAGAAAACCCCAUCCUGUCUCAGAGCAACAGACAAGCAAAGCAUGCUGUCAUUUUCCAUGGAAAAUCUGUCAAAUGAGAUAAAAGACAGAGCACCACUUUUUCAUUCUGUUCUUGCAGCAGCAAGUAUUAACAAGAGAAGUAAAUCAACCAAAGAUAAACCAGAUUUUGCAGCUGUAGCAAUGGCAGCUUCGAUAUGUUUAAAGAACAGGUCAAGAUAUAUGACUGCCGUUCAGCUUUUGUUGACCAUAUUUCUUUAUCAUUCUAACUGGAUGAAUACACUUGCCCGGCUAUGUCCACUGAAAAUCACAACCAGUCAUACUUAUGUAUAUAAGAAGUUGGACGAGUUUGGAAAAGAUUACAACAAGGACAUCUUACAUUCGGUGAAAGAACAAGGGGAGUUUAUGGAACAACGAGCAGCCCAAAUAAACCCAGAUGCACAUGGUCAACAGAAUAACAGGUGUUUUACUCAAGAUGUUGGAAGAAAACUUGUGUUUGACAACAUUGACUAUCACCAAGAGGUUCACCGUAUGACAGAGGACCACCAAAAUGUAGACAAGCACUGUGUAACAGUAAUGGCAAUUGAAAACCGUGUUUCAGGGAAUCACCUUGGUGAAGAGCAGCCUAAGGAUGGGAUUCUUAAACUUCAGAAUGGUAAAUGUCUCCCAUCUUGUCGUGAUAAUCAAAAGCAACGUGAUAACUAUAUUGCUCUGGUGGGACGUGUUAUUUCUACCAAUAUAAAAAGUUUGGAAUUCUUAUCAGAUGCUGCUGUUCAUCAUAUUCCCCAUAUGUACACAAAAGAAAUGUGUAUGAAAUCAGAUUUGACAUUUCUUGGUAUGUUGCAUGAUAAUGAAAAUGACUCAGACGGAAUACUAGCUAUCCUGAAGUCUCUUCAAAAGUAUGUUCCAUGUUAUGGUGAAGACAAAGAUAAGCAAUAUGCUGGACAAGGGGUCGUUGGUGACCAAUUAAGUGUUGAGCGUGGGGUGAAUGGGCUUAGCUCAGUUGCAAAUGGAUUUACGCCAGAUGAAAGAAUUGAAGGCUUGCACUUUGAGAUUGCAGAUUGGCAUGCUGGGAACAAAUUUUUGGAGGUGGCUUUCUCUCAACUAUACAAUGUUGCAUCAGCUGGCGAUAAGUGUACCAUGUUUAGCGACAGAAACCUGGUGAAUAGGCGAAAUGUAAAGCAAGAUGUGACUGCAGCAGCCAAUGCUUGUAGAAGAUUUUUUGUCAUUGAAGUGGAAGCUCGAAUCAUUGCUGCAGCUAUGCAUCUUUUAGGAAUGCAGAAGAUUGAUGAAGAGCCAAGCAAACACAAGUUUUCAACAACUGCAAGUGCAAGUUUACAAGAGAGAAAAUCCUACUUGAAUAACAUUUCAUCACUUGUCAUUGAUGAAUUUGUUAUUGAUCAAAGGCGUAACAGUGAUGUUGAAGAGUCAGUUAAUUCAAUCCAAGAAGAUCUACAAACAGAUAUCCAUGGCAGGUUCCCUUGCCGGGCUCCUGGCUGUACAAAAACAUUUGCUCAUGCUGGAAAGUUAAGAACAGACCACGAAGCUAAACACAAUCCACCUGUGUCAUUGCGAGACUCUAAUGCACACAUUCUAGAAGCAACAUCUGUUCAUGAGGAUGAUGAUAUGUUGUCAUACCAGAGAUCACUUCUUGACUAUGGCAUGCUCGUGUUGAACUUUUUCGACGCAAUAUCAGAAGGGGAUGGUCAGAGAGUUGUUCGGUGUUGGAAAUUUUUUUUAAUGUACUUAAAACAUCAAGGAGGGUCAGCCAAGUAUUCACUGGAAGCACUGUAUUUGAUGUUUCAGAUAAAUGCUUUAUUGAGCCCCAAGUGUACACAUCAUCUAAUUUGGAACCGCUUUACCAAAAGCAAACCUGGAAUCAGUGGAAAUAUUCCAUUAGACCUGCAGUUGGAAUUUUUAAACAAGUUGGUAAAAGAGGCUAUAAAAAAUCAAGGAGCAGGUGCGUCAGAUAAAUCCCUGGAUAGAAUCUGUCACUCACUGGGGGUAACCUCAUCUUUGAUGAAGACUUUUGACACCAACUUAUCAGUUUUCAAAAGAGCAGGAAGACAUGUUAAGACCUCAACUCAAGGGGAUCUAAAGAAAAUUGUCAAUGAAUUAGUAGUUAAUAAUGCCUUCACAUGCACACCAGGACGGAGAUACAGUGUUUUUAAACAUGUUAAGCCAAGUUUGUUGAGUGGCUUUGAUAUGCAUAAAAUGUUUACAUGGAUAAACAAUCAUAAAAAAUUCAUGAUUUUGAACAGAAAAGCGAGAUGAAGUGUAAAUAAUGU